CGGACCCAUAAUAAAGUGGCACAGGUCCUUUGAUAGAGGGAAAAAGGAGGAAGAUGGCAGGAUCCAAAUCUGCGUUGGUGCUGUGCAUGGACGUGGGCUUCUCCAUGUCCAACUCUGCCCCAGGGGAAGAACCUCCAUUUGAACUUGCCAAAAAAGUCAUUCAGAAGUUUGUCCAGCGCCAGGUUUUUGCAGAGACUAAGGAUGAAAUGGCUUUGGUUCUGUUCGGCACCGACUCAACCAGGAACUCACUGGACAAGGACAGCCAGUACCAGAACAUCACACUGCAUCGCCACCUAAUGGUGGCUGAUUUUGAGCUCCUAGAGGAGAUUGAGAAUCAGAUCCAUCCAGAGAGUCAGCAGGCUGAUUGGCUGGAUGCUCUGGUCGUCUGCAUGGAUCUCCUUCAGACAGAAACAAAGGGGAAAAAGUAUGAUCGUCUGAACAUCGUCCUGCUGACUAACCUCAGCACCCAGGCCAGCUCAGAGCACCUUGACGUCAUUAUUGAAAACCUGAAAAAAGCUGACAUCACAUUGCAGUUCUUUUUGCCUUUUCCUGCGGAGGAUGAUGAAGAGGAGGGUGGAGGAGACGCAGACAGAGGCUCUCCCAGUCACCCAGGCAUGGGCAAAGGUCUGUCCAAGGAACAGAAGAGUGGCCUGGACAUGGUGAAACAUGUCAUGCUUAGCCUUGAUGAAGAGGAUGGCCUCGAUCAAAUUUAUACCUUCAGGAAUGCCAUUGAGCAGCUUUGUAUGUUCAAGCGCAUCGAGAGGAGACCCAUGGCCUGGCCCUGUCAGCUGACCAUUGGCAGCGCUCUCUCCAUCCGCAUCGUUGGGUACAAAGCUGUGACUGAAGAGAGGCUGAAGAAAAUGUGGGUUACAGUCGAUGCUCAAACCAACCAUAAGGAAGACAUCAAGAGAGAGACUGUUUACUGUCUGGACGAUGACAAUGAGACAGAGGUUCAGAGAGAUGACACCAUUCAAGGUUUUCGCUAUGGAAGUGACAUUGUUCCAUUCUCCAAAGUGGAUCAAGAGCAGAUGAAAUACAAGCAUGAUGGGAAAUGCUUUGCUGUUUUGGGCUUUGCCAAACAGAACAUGAUUCAUCGCCAUCAGUUUAUGGGAAAUCAGGUCGUCAAGAUGUUUGCUCCAAAGGAUGAUGAGCAUGCAGGAGUGGCGCUGUCUGCUGUCAUUCGGGCGCUGGAUGAACUGAAAAUGGUGGCCAUUGUACGUUACGCCUACGACCGGCGCAGCAAUCCUCAAGUUGGAGCAGCUUUCCCUUGCAUCAAGCAGAACUAUGAGUGUCUCAUGUACGUCCAGCUGCCAUUCAUGGAAGACCUCAGACAGUUUACAUUUCCUUCUCUUGAAAACAAUAAGAAGUUCAUCCCCUCAGACACUCAACUGUCUGCUGUCGACACUCUCAUUGACUCCAUGAUGUUGGUAGAAGAAGAUGAGGAUGGACAACAAAAGGACAUGUUUAAGGUCCACAAACUUCCCAACCCUGCUUUUCAGAGGCACUUCCAGUGCCUGCACCAUCGGGCAGUGAACCCCAGCACCCCUCUUCCCCCCAUGGAAGAUUGGGUAAAGGCGGCCCUCGAGCGCCCUGAGGUAAUUAGUGAGCGUUGCCAAGCUCUACUAGAUGAGAUGAAGAAGAAGUUUCCUCUCACACAAGUGGAAAAGAAAAAGAAGCUGAAGACAAGUGCUCAGAUUUUUGGCAAAGACUCAGAGGAGCCAGAUGCCAAGAAAGCAAAAGGAGACGAAGAAGAGGAGGAGUAUAACCUGGCUGACAUUGCUGAAGGCUCUGUAACUUCGGUGGGAAGCGUGGAUCCAGCCCGAGAUUUCCGUACUCUGGUCAAACAAAAGAAUCUUCCAUUCGGAGACGUCUGUCAGCAACUGACUCACAGGAUAGAGCAGUUGCUUAGCAACAAGAACACACCUUACUUCAUGAAAAGCAUCACCUGUAUCCAGGCUUUCAGAGAGCAGUCUGUGAAGCUGGGGAAUGCUGAGCUGUACAACAGCUACCUCCAGUCCCUGAAAAGAAGCAUCCCAAACAGAGGGCUAGAAGUCUUCUGGGACCUGCUUGUUCAAGAUGCCGUAUCUCUGAUCAGCAAGGACGAGGUUGAAGGAAGCACUGUAUCCAAAAACGAAGCUAAUCAGUUUCUGCUGGCUGAGGAAAAGCAAGAGGAGGCGACUGCACAAACAGUUAAUGAUACUGGGGAUGUUGAUGACUUGCUGGACAUGAUGUAAGAAGGGAAGCAAUGGGAGUGUCAGUGUAUGCUAAGAAUCCAAUUAAUCAGUCCGGCCAGAGCAAACCAGUUCAGCCGUCCGUUGUUCUGCUUCCCACUUGGAGACCCCUGAUACGU